AUGAAGUUCACGAUUCCCCAUCUCCUUACCUUCGCUGGGGCAGCUACCGCAGCGAGUAUCUCGGCCAAGUCGCCUGCUCCACUCACAAACAUCACCAUCUUCUCUCCUCCUUCUGACUAUAACAUUCCUCGAACACUUUAUGCUCGCAAUGAACAGCUUCCCAAUGGCGAUCUCCUUGCGACAUGGGAGAACUACUCUCCCGAGCCACCACUAGUGUACUUCCCCAUCUACCGUUCCAAGAACCUGGGAAAGACAUGGUCGGAGAUUUCCAAAGUCCAAGAUACGGCGAAUGGCCUUGGGUUGCGCUAUCAACCAUUCUUGUAUCACCUGCCCGAGCGCAUUGGCUCGUUCAAGGCUGGAACCCUGUUGCUGGCAGGGAAUAGUAUCCCGACGGAUCUAUCGACCACCCAGCUCGAUCUUUAUGCGUCACAGGAUGAUGGUGUGACGUGGGAAUUCUUGAGUCAUAUCGCCGCUGGUGGAGAGGCUGUGCCUGACAAUGGCUUGACUCCCGUGUGGGAGCCUUACUUGCUUGCUCACAAUGGCAAGUUGAUCUGCUACUACUCGGACCAGCGCGCCAAUACCACCCACGGCCAGAAGCUGGUGCAUCAGGUCUCUACUGACCUGAAGAAGUGGGGGCCUGUUGUUGACGAUGUCGCUUACCCCACGUAUACCGACAGACCUGGAAUGCCCAUUGUUACCAAGCUGCCCAAUGGUCAAUACAUUUACAUCUACGAAUACGGAUCCUUCUUCAACACCUCCAGCUACUCCUUCCCACUCUACUACCGUUUGUCCUCGAACCCUGAAGACUUCGCCUCUGUUGAGCAUCACAAGCUGGUUGUUUCGAGCGGAACUAAGCCGACCUCCUCCCCAUAUGUUGUCUGGACUCCCUACGGUGGCAAGAACGGUACCAUCAUUGCCAGCUCGGGGACACAAAGCACCUUGUUCAUCAACCAGGCUCUGGGCCAGGGUGAGUGGACCGAGAUCGAGUCACCCGAAUCGCACAGCUAUACUCGCUCAUUGCGGGUGCUUUCCGAGGGCAACGGAAGAUACCUGCUGGUCAACGGCGCUGGAGUGCUGGGUGGAACUACUAACAAGGUAACUGUAACUGUGAUGGAUCUGAAGGAGUCAUUGUAG